CGAUGCUGACAUGAACGUACGUGACGUGACGGCAUCCCCCAUAUCUAGUACUGAGGUACAAGUCACAUGGAUGCUUUCCAACAUCACAUGCAACGUCUAUGGAUACAAGAUCUAUUACGGCAUCCAAGGAGAACCGUUUGAUAUUACACAGUUCCAUCUGGUCUACGGUGGUAACAUCACAUCUUUGACUGUAUCCUCACUAACCCCUUCGAUGCCCUAUGAGUUCCAUGUCGCUGCUCUAAUCCCAGACAGACUCGAGCUACCAAAGAUAGGACCAGCCAAUGCAACCACAUAUUCAGAAUGUGGACGGAUCGUCGUAGACAAGGAUGGUAUGAUAAUGAAUGCUGACUACCCCAAUGGAUACGCUGGUCCUGAGACAUGUGAAUGGCUCAUCAGUGCUCCCUCGGACCAGUACGUCCUUCUGCAGAUACUUGACUUUGACACCCGUGCCGGAGCUGACUUUGUGGUGAUCGGUAGCGGCCUUGACUUUUCUACGGAGACCACCCUCUAUGUUCUCUCCGGGUCCAGGGCCAACGCUGGGACCUCACCCAUCCCUGCCAAGGUACUCAGUCCUGGUCAACACCUGUGGAUAUCCUUCAAGACAUCAGAAGCAACCCUUGAUCAUGCCGGCUUCCAGAUGGCUGUUACAAUGGUCACUCAAGGUCCUGGUACACCUGAAAGACAAUAUGAAGAGAUCACAGAGGAAGGAACCUUCACAUCGCCGGGAUGGCCAGAUAACCACCCAAAUCUUGUGGACUUAACCUGGACCCUGAUGGCUCCCAAGACAGGCCGAGUCCGAAUCACCUCCCUGGAAGGCAUCCUUGAAAGCGACUACGACACGCUCACCAUCGGGUACGGAAACCCGGAUUCCUCUGUCCUCGGCUUCUACACAGGGGACUUCAAACUCGACGAGACCCUGGAGUCACCCACGUAUAACUUCUGGGUGCGGUUCCAAGCAGAUGAGACGGUAUCCAGUAAGGGUUUUACCCUGUACUGGGAGUCGUUUGAUGAUCAAGAAUCUUGUGGGACCCAAGAGUUGCUGGAAGGUUCUGGGACUGUGAUGUCUCCCAACUAUCCUCAACCCUACCCUGACAACCAAGAAUGUACUUGGUACAUCAGACUACCCAGUAUGAAUCAUCUAGUCAGGAUAGAGUUCACUGCAUUCUCACUUGAAGAGAACCAUGAUUUCUUAGUGGUCGGUACAGGAAAGACAGUCAACGAGGAAGUGAUAGCCAUACUGACUGGAGGCUCUCUACCUGCUCCCAUAGACAGUGCUAGUUACCGUAUGUGGCUACAGUUCAAGACUGACGAGUCCUUCUCAGCUACAGGAUUCUCUCUGGAGUAUUCUAGCAUUGACAACCCAGAACCACCCACACCGUACAAUGAGAUUACUGAUUCUGUCAUCUUCAUUGUAGAGGAUGAACCUGUAGGUUGGUUCACCCCUACACGGCAGCAAGACUUGGCCACCGGUAUAGCUACGUCGAUGACUGAUUACUGCAUGGAUAGAUCAGAUACAUGUGAGGAGAUGGCAUCAGUAAGAAGGAGAAGAGAUGCAGGCAUCCUACAGCUCACAUUCAGCGCGGAGGAUGUCGAGUUCCUUGACACCGUCGCCGUAGAGGACGACCUCCACAUCACCAUGUGGGUGGGCAACCCCAGCAUGGUCGACGAGGACAUCGUCCUGGGGAUCGAACCGGAGAUUGUGCAAACCUCUCUCAUGGAAGAGACCUCGCAGGCGACUCUCGAGGAGAUCAUGGGGGAGGGGUUUGCUUACAGCGUGACCCCCAAUGCGCUGACUCCGACCAACGGACCCGGGGGAACUGAACCCCCUUCCCAGGGUCUUGAACCUUGGGCCAUCUCGUUGAUCGUGGUGGCAAGCUUUGCUGUGGUUUUGGCAGCAGUAGUUGGACUAGAGGUCAGACAUCGAAGAAAAAAGGGAAACUGCAGACAGCUGAUGGGUUAAUGGGAUCACAGGAGCUCCACACAAAGAGUUACGAAGAGCCAGAUUAUGCAGUGCCUUUAAGCCGAUCAGACAGAUCUGCUGCUGAUUCUAGUGGCCAAGAGAAUGAUGGAUUUGAAAAUGGAGAAAGCACACGAUUUUGAUUGAGAAGAUGCUGACAUGUCCUUGUAAUAAAAUAUCCACCUGUAAAGCGUUUGUCCAGUGUUUACCCCCUCAUUACUCUAUGCAUGUUUGGUGUUUGUAAGUGUUGUCCGGUGUUCACCCUCUCAUUACUCUAUGCAUGUUUGGUGUUUGUAAGUGUAAGUGUUAGUGUUAGAAGAGUAAGGAUUAUUAUUAGUGUUAGAAGAAGCCCUAACUAAUAUUUACCUGUACUAUGUCUCCACUUGUAAAGUGUUUUAUUCAAUGUUUAUCGCUGCCAUUACUCUAUGCAGGUUGUUUAAUGUUGGUGUUUGUUAGUAAGGGGCAAUUUAAUGGUUAGGCGAUCACUUUUGAAAUAUCAACAGCUCAUUUCCAAAGUUUAGUACAUGUUCGGUGUUAUACUAUUUUCUUAUUCCUAGCAAUUUUUUUUUUGAAAGAACAGAUUUAAAGAAUAUGAUAUACGUGUAUAUGUUUAAGACAUAUGAAGUGUAGGGUGAAGAUAGUGGUAAAAUGGUUUUCAAUUACUUUUUACCAGAAACUUGACAUUUUGUGAUAAAAUUUUGUUCAGUUUUCUACAAGCUUUUGUAUGAAUCAGCCAGACAAAUAAACACAUUUCUCCUAUUCUUUAUUUCUUUUUUUUGUCUUCAUGGUUUUCACCAGACUUAAA